AUGAUGAUAACUCUAUUCACUCUUGCUGUGGUCUCUAUAGGCUUCUUCCUCUGGUGGCUCUUGACUGUCCAACCAGCUGUGACGAAACGUGCCUUGAAGCAUAUUCCCGAACUGCGAUUCGAGGACAAUGAUACUCCGGAGCGAUAUACCCAGGACUCGCGGUCUCUUUUGUUUAGAGGUUACGACAAGUACCUGCGCCAUGGAAUUCCCUUUCAAAUGCGUCAUCCCAUCGAGGAGCUAGGCCCGCAGGUUCUGCUACCCAUGAAGUAUCUCGAUGAGGUCAAAUAUGCAUCAACGUCCCUGUUCAGCUUUCCCCUGUUCUCAGAGAAGGUUUUCCUUCUCAACUACAGCAAUGCGCCUCGCCAAACAGAUGCAGCAGCCCAUGUAGUCCGUGUAGACUUGACGAAGAACCUGGGUGCGCUGGCCAAUGGUAUGUACCAGGAAGCAAUCGAAGGACUCAACCAAAGUUUAUCAGCAUCAGAAGAAUGGAAUACUCUCCCGGCGUACGACUUUUUGAGCAGCCUGACAGCCCAGGUGACGGCACUGGCGCUGGUGGGACCUGAACUGUGCCGCAAUCGCGAAUGGAUCGAUAUCUCGCUGCAGACUACCUUUGCCAUCUUCAACGCCGCGUUUACAAUCCGCUCGCAGUAUUCUCCUCGCUGGAGAUGGCUGGCCCGCUGGCAGAGCGAUGCCCCAAAGCGCAUGCGAGCCAUGCGGGCUAGAGCCGUGGAGCUGCUCGCUCCUGUCUACCAAGACCGGCUGGCAGCAAUCAAAGAGCAUGACUUUGGCGCAUUUGCCGAUUGCCUACAUUGGUCGCUUAGGGGGAACGGAGGCGAAACAUCGCUGACUCGCAUUGCAGAGCAACAGCUAUUCCUAACUGUUGCGUCCAUGCAUACAACGUCGUCGACUCUCACGGCGGUUCUGUUUGACCUGCUCAUCCGCCCAGAAUACUGUGCAGAGAUCACGAAGGAAAUGCAGGAAGCUCUAACCGAGUGUGAGGGGAAAUGGACACUGCAGGAAGUGGCUAAGAUGAGGAAACUAGACAGCUUUAUGAAAGAGAGCCAGCGGGUCCAUCCUAUUGGUUUCAUUACGGCUCAACGGAUGACUGUUCGCCCACACACCUUCAAAGACGGCCUGCAUCUCCCAGCCGGGGUCAUCUUUCAAUUCCCAGCCGAUGCCGUGCACCAUGAUCCAGCCAUCUAUCCUCGUCCGGACCAAUUUGCUGGGUAUCGCUUCCUUCAUCUUCGGGAGACGGUUGAUGCAAACCGGUAUCAUUUUGCCUCCGUCUCCGACACCAUGUUGGGAUUUGGGGCUGGUUCCCAUGCCUGUCCCGGGCGGUUCUUCACGUCACUUGCCAUUAAACUGAUUCUUGUGGUGCUCUUGACCCAGUACGAGGUUAAGCUGGCGGACUGUGAUGGAUCCCGACCGGCGAAUGGUUUUAAUGACUUUAAUAUGGGACCCAGUCGGGAAGCUACGAUCAUGAUACGGAAACGAAGCGGUCUUUGA